AACAACCCAACGAUCUGGAUUACCGAGACGUGGCCUCAGAUGUUAGAAUUGAAAACCCGCGUAUGUUGCGCAGGUCGUGUAAGAAUUCCCUGUAAAAUAAUAAAAGAUUAUCCUCCUCUCAUCGACGAACUCCUGUUAUCACAGAAGAAUGAACUGCAUAAACUCUGGAACGAAUCCAUUCCUUGUGAUUCAGAAGCUCUCCCUCAGAAGAAAUGCUCAUUUCGGGAAGAUAUCGGUCUCGACGUGCCGUGCCGUUUCGGAGGCGGGAACGCCGAAAGGGUCUGGUACGACAGCUAGGGGUCGAAGGUUGCUGAAAGUGAGGGAAGAGAAGAGGAAAAGGGAGUACGAUCGCUUGCACAACUACCCUGCCUGGGCCAAGGUCCUGGAAGAUGCCUGCAAAGACGACACAGAGCUCCGUGCAGUCCUCGGCGAUAGCAUUGGAAACCCGGAGCUGAUGAGGAAAAGGAUCGAAGAAAGGGUUCGGAAGAAAGGUAAGGAUUUCCGCAAGUCGAAGACAGGUUCGGUCCUGGCUUUUAAAGUCAGCUUCAGAGACUUUAAUCCCAUUGAUUCAUACAUAUGGUUUGAACUUUAUGGUGCUCCAUCAGAUCGAGAUGUUGAUCUUGUUGGCAGUGUUAUCCAGUCAUGGUAUGUCAUGGGGCGUUUAGGAGCUUUCAACUCUUCCAAUCUGCAGUUGGCAAAUUCAUCCAUGGAUUAUAAUCCUAUCUACGAUGCAGAUAAAGGUGCUAAAGUAAUGCCUUCAUCAUUCCAUGAUAUCAGCGAUGUUGAAUUUCAAGAUAAUUGGGGCCGGGUUUGGGUAGAUCUUGGAACAGCUGAUUUCUUUGCUGUGGAUGUGCUACUGAAUUGCUUAACCGUAUUGAGUUCAGAAUACAUAGGCAUUCAACAGGUGGUUUUCGGCGGUCAGCGCAUGGGUGACUGGGAAGAAGGGAUGACAAACCCAGAAUACGGAUACAAGUACUUCAAGAUCUAACAAGAUUCAAUGCAGCUGCCUUUCUGCAAAGAUCUGAGACAGAUCCGAACACUCGAAAAUUCAGAAAAGGUCAUGGACGAGCUUGGACGGGAUGUUGAUGUAGCAUUUGAUAUGCAGAUUGAGCUUCUGUGAGUCCUGCACCCAUGUUUCAUGCAUAAAGUUGGCAAAGUGCUUGUAAGAUCUGAUUCACAGCAAGGAAUCAAGGAACUGUUGUUUAAAUCAGAUGUGAUGCAUUUUUCAAAGACGGGACUAGUGGAUGCAAUGCCCAUGUGGAAUAUGACUCUCCACCGAGUUGGCCAUUGACAUGCCUGCCUGCUCAUGAAUCAGAUUAAGAAGCCUAUGGGUAGUGAUAUGCCCAGAUACUUCAAGAUAGGUAAGCUAUAUGUGUCACUACCAUGAUCUGAUAUUUCAAUUUGUAAAAGAGAUACCUCAAUAUUAAGUUUAAAGGCCAUGUUGAUCUUGGAUUAAAGAAAAGGAUUUUAAAAGCUGUUCCGAUGA